CAAGUCAAAGUGUCAAACAACCUCUUCAAUUUUUCAACAUCAUCUCUCCAUCUGUAUAUAUAUUGCUAAACUUUCCACUCCUAGCUAACCCAACCAUAACUAAAAACAAUCAACUUCCACUCUCCUUCUCGCUAACACAAACAACUUUAGAACCAACCAUCAAUGGCUAUUAAACUAGAUCUUGUGCAUGUGCUUUUGGUUACGUUUCCAGCACAAGGCCAUGUUAAUCCCCUUCUCAGACUUGGCAAACUCCUAGCUUCAAAGGGAAAUGUUCUCGUUACCUUCUCUUCCACCAAAUCCAUCGGGAACAAAAUGAAGAAAGCCGGAUGCGCGGUUUCCAGUGAUCCAACUCCAGUUGGAAACCGUGGUGGCAUGAUCCGGUUUGAGUUCUUUGAUGAUGGAUGCUCGGAAGACAAAGAUGAUGAACGCAAUGACCUUGACACGUACUUACCUAAGCUUGAGGCUUACGGAAAGAAAGCAAUCACCCGGAUCAUCAACCAGCAUGCGGAAAAUGGCUGGCCGGUCUCGUGCCUAAUCAACAACCCAUUCAUACCAUGGGUUUCAGACUUAGCACAAGAGCUAAACAUCCCUUGUGCAAUGCUUUGGGUGCAGUCUUGUGCUUGCUUUUCGUCGUAUUAUCAUUACCAGAAGUCAUUAGUUCCUUUUCCAAGUGAAGAAAAACCGGAUAUCGACGUUCAGUUGCCAAACAUGCCGGUUCUCAAAUCCGAUGAGAUUCCCAGCUUUCUACAUCCUUCAACACCUUACCCGUUUUUAAGAAGAGCCAUUUUAGGGCAGUUCAAGAACUUGUCAAACAACUUUUGUGUGCUAAUGGAAACCUUUGAAGAACUUGAGGGGGAUUUGAUCAAGUACAUGUCUCAAAUAUGUCCAAUCCGAGCAGCUGGUCCGUUGUUUAACAACCCACUGCUUGAAACCAGCUCCAAUAUCUCCGGAGACCUCAUUAAAGCCGACGAUUGUCUUGAGUGGCUCGACUCAAAGCAGCCUUCAUCGGUGGUUUACAUAUCGUUCGGAAGUGUUGUGAGCUUGAGCCAAGAACAGGUGACUGAGAUGGCUUAUGGUGUUUUAAAUUCCGGCGUGUCAUUUCUGUGGGUGAUUAGGAAUAAUGUGACUUCUACUGGGGCAUCUGGCAAGCUGCCUGAGGGGUUCUUGGAGGAGGCAGGUGAGAGGGGGAUGGUGGUCCAAUGGAGUCCACAAGCACAGGUGUUGAGCCACCCGGCAGUGUCGUGUUUUCUGACUCAUUGUGGAUGGAACUCGACAAUGGAAGCGUUGUCAAGCGGUGUUCCGGUGGUGGCGUUCCCGCAUUGGGGGGAUCAAGUGACUGAUGCAAAAUACUUGGCUGAUGAAUGGAAGGUUGGGAUAAGGAUGUGUAGGGGUGAGGCUGAGCACAGGGUGAUUGGGAGGAAGGAGGUGGAGGAGUGCUUAAGGGAGGCUACAGGUGGUGUAAGGGCGGCAGAGAUGAAGACGAAUGUGAUGAAAUGGAAGAAAGCAGCGGCGGAGGCGGUGGCGGAAGGUGGAACAUCUGAUCGAAACAUCCAAGAAUUUGUGGAUGAGAUUAGGAAGCUGAGUUUGAAGAAAUCAAGUUGAGCACGCCAACAAAUUUACGGCUCCCAUGUUCUUCACGUACAUGUUACUUAUCCAUAAUCUUUUCAUAUGAUGAUUUAGUUUAUUUACAAAUAUGAAAUUGUAUUUCAUAAUGCUUCGUUGUCGACAUCUUCUUCAUAUAAUGAUAUGUAACAUGUCUAAUUUAUAAAUAAUAAUAAUAAUUGUGUA